UUUUGAAGGGUGGCAGAGAGCAUGCUGUGCUGCACAUGUGGUCCAUCGAUGCUCUCACUGCAGUGUUCCUUUCUCUCCAUCCAGCACACAGGGGUCCUGGACCUCCGUGCGCCUCUGCGUUGCUCCACCGCGGUUUGUGCAGGAAAGGUUCCCGUUUUUUUUGAUGACGUCGUUGGCGGUGGGCGGGGAGAGCGUUCUCGUGCCCGGCGAGCGAAGCAGCCCGGUGUGUAUUAUCUCGUCUUGCAUGUGUGUUCGGAUAUUACGGCGUGCACCGACAGACAUCUUCUCAUAGAACCUGCACUGACCAUCACCGGUGUUGGCAAACCUGCGCGCUGAGGUCUCAUAUCAGCGCGAGACACGUCCGUCGGCCUAACCGGGCAGCGCGUGACAACUGGUCUAAGGCUGAAGGUCCCACUGCGCAGCCUGAUGAUGAUGAUGAAAAGGAGGAUGAUUACCGUAGUGUGGUCCAGCCUCAUAGACACUAGUAGUUUUGUGUGAGGGGAGAAGACACCUGGAAUCAGACUAGAGGACCACCAGAUAGUCAAGGAGCGCAGAGGAUGUCUGCGAGUACACCUAAUUCAGCCCCGCCCCCUAAAAAGAGCCGGGGGAAGCAGGAGACGGAGUCUGUCCAGGCAGCCAAUGAGGAGCUCAAGGCCAAACUAAGCGAUGUACAAAAUGAGCUGCAGCAGGAGAGAGCGAAGGUGUGUAAGCUGCGCGAGCGGCUGCAGGAGCUGCGGGCGCAGCGGGAGGCCGAGCAGCACAGGCAUGCAGUCGCACAGACCGAGCUGCGGGUGAAGCUACGAGAAGAGAAGCAGCGGGAGGUCGCAGCUGUGCGUGACUCUCUGAGCCGGCAGCAUGAGGCUGAGUUAGCCCGUGCUGCCCGCUUGCGCCACUCUGAGCUCGGGCGCCUGCAGGGCCUGGUGAAUGUACUGCGCAGUGGCAACGGUGCCGCCGAGUUGAGGGAGGAGGCGCGCGAGGAGGCACGCAGGACCUAUGAGGCCGAGAGACUGAAAUUGACACAGGAGCUGCAAGAGGCCAAGGCAGCACGCAGACAGGCAGAGGAAGCGCUGACCAACGCCGUGCAGGCUGAUAAAUCCAAAGCAGCUGAUCUCAGAGCAGCACAUCAGGCCCAUCAGGAGGAGAUCCAGAGGAUCAAACGGGACAGCGAGAAGGAAGUCCGCAGACUGAUGGAGGAGUUGCGGGGGAGGGACCGUGUAGUACAAACUUUGGAAAAGGAGCUGGGUGUGCAAGCGGGUCAGACCCAACGCCUACUGCUGCAGAAAGUGGAGGCCGAGCGGAACCAUGGCAGCCCCAAGAGAGAGGUGGCUCCUGCCCUCGGAGAGAACACAGACGGCGUCAUUAACCAGGAAGUAGAUGAGCGGGAUACUCGCAGAUUCCAGCUUAAGAUCGCUGAGCUGCAGGCUGUCAUUCGGAAACUGGAGGACCGAAACACACUGCUGUCAGAUGAGAGGACUGAACUGUUAAAGCGUGUGCGGGAGACAGAUGGACAAAUGAAGCCACUUUUAGAGAAGAACAGACGGAUGAGUAAAAAGAACGAAGAGCUCUUGCAGACCCUGCAGCGCAUGGAGGACAAACUGAAAUCCCUCAGCCGUGAGAACGCUGAAUUAAAGGACAAGACAAUCUUGGACUCCCAUCAAGCAGUGCUGAAGAGGACCAGUUCUCUGACAGAUCUAAGCCACGCCCACGAGGAGCAGGAGGUGGAGUUUCUACGGCUACAAGUCAGUGAACAGCGCAACGUCAUCGAGGAGCUCACUCAGGAGCGGGAUAGACUGGUAUUCAACAAAAAGAACAAGAGGAAAAAUAUCAAAUUGCCAAAGAGGCAUGUUGUGGAGACAUAUUUUGGAUUUGAUGAGGAGUCUAUAGAUUCAGAAACGUCGUCCCUGACGUCGUACAACACAGAUCAUACCCCGGCGACCCCAGAGGAGGAGCUUGAGGAGGCCUUCUCCAGAGAGGAGGCGGAGCUUCGUUUUCGGCAGCUGACACGAGAAUACCAGGCACUUCAGCGAGCGUAUGCUCUCCUCCAGGAGACCACGGGCCCUCUUGACCCCGAGAGACACUGCAGGACGCGGGAGCAGCUGCAGGCCGAGCUGAAUGCCUGCCAGGCGAGGAACGCUGACUUGGAGAGGAGCCUGGCAGAGAAGGGGCAGGACUCAAAGUGGGUGGAGGAGAAGCAGAAUCUCGUUAGGGUAAAUCAGGAACUAAGAGAAAAGAUAGACUUACUGGAGCAGUCCGAGCUGCGAUUGCGCUCCGAGGUGAGGGACACACAAGACCAAAAUGAGCUGCUGGAGUUCCGUAUACUCGAACUGGAAGAGAGGGAGCGGCGUUCUCCUGCCUAUAACUUGCACAUCUCUGCCACGGAAAACAGCAGCAGCCUGCAGCUCCACUGCCAGCGGGAGGGUAUCAAGGUGCACACACCUACAUUCAGCUGCAUUCACAUGCAGGACGUCAUUAUUCCUGAACUCAUGAAAAAGCUGGACAUCCUGGGUGACAAUGGGAACUUACGGAACGAGGAGCAGGUCACCGUGAUCCAGGCGAGCACAGUGCUGUCUCGCUGUGAGAAGUGGUUGAAACAGAUAGACAGCACCGAAGCAGCACUCACGCAGAAGAUGAUUGAUCUCGAGAACGAAAAGGAGCUGUUUAGUAAGCAGAAAGGCUUCCUGGAAGAGGAGUUAGACUACAGGAAACAGGCCUUAGACCACGCCCAUCUGAGAGUGCAGGAGCUGGAGGCCACGCUGUAUGCCGUGCUGCAGCAGGAUCCAAACGGCCGGUUGGGUGAGAGUUUGAGCGAGAGGCAGAGGGCGGAGCUAGCGGAGUCGAUGGAGGCGGUGCGACGGCAGAUCCUCAGACAGAGCCGUCAUGCUGACACGCUGAUCCUACAGCAGCGCAUGGAGCUCCUCCAGUCUGCACAACAGAGGAUCAGAGAGUUGGAGGACAAGAUCGAUAUGCAGAGACGACAAAUCAAAGAGAUCGAAGAGAAGGUGUGUAUGACUGCAGCCACGUACGACCUGUAUUCAGAUCUUUCUCGCACUGAGGACGGAUAUACUGUGAUGACGUGCGGAAUUUGUGUAAGAUGUACUAAAACGUACUUCUCCUUUCUCUCCCGUCUCUCCUGUUCAAAUCCCUUUAUGUUUAUUAUGAUUUACAGUUUUUAUUCCUGUUCCUGUUUUUCUCUCUAGCUUUUAUUCUCUGGCCUUAAGCACACACACACACACACAUACACACAUACGCAAACACAUGUAUGCACACACACACACACACACACACACACACACACAGGUGCAGUAUCUAUCUGAAUGGAUGUAUCGGACUUCUUUUUCCCUACUGAACUCUGGUCAAACAUUCCUCAGUUAUUUUAUGACCUUUUUAAUAUUUUUAUGCAUUUCCAAUGAGUCAACAACAACAACAACAACAACAACAACAACAACACAUCCAGGUAAAGCUGCUCCACUCAGCACUCAGUCUCUCUAAAGUAAAUGGAAAUAUAUAAAGUGAUCUAAUUUUAACGGAAAUAUUUGUUAUAAUAAUUAUUUAAACCCACAUCAACACUUGUCUAAAUAUCUGCUUUUAGUUUCAAUAAAUAAAGUUGUAUUUUCUUCA